AUGGAGCAGCAGGGGGCUUUUGAGGACUUUGUGUCUUUGAUUGGCAAAUUCUGUGCUGGAAAGUCUUACCCUGAUCUCAAAGCUGUGUUUGAGGGCAAUGAAACACUCAAGAAGCAACUUGACGAGACGGAGACUGCCUACCGCAGAAACUUGAAAGAGCUGUCACAGCUCUUUACAGAAUCGAGCGCGGAGAAAGGACAGCUUGAGCAAAAGAUCCGGGAACAGGAAAGACGUUGCAGCAAAGCAAUGGAGGAAAAGGUCACGGCUUAUCGCAAGCUGAACGCGGAACAAGGAGUUGUUAUGAAAUUGACGGACAAGGUGAAAUCACUCAACGAUGAUAUCAAAAAGCGUGUCGAAACCAACAAGAAGUCCGAAGAUCGAGUCUUGGAGCUACACAAAGCAGUUCAAGAACUGGAGACCCAGGUGGGAGCGUCAAAGAAAGAAGAAGCCAGGUUGAAGAAUGAGCUGCAGGCAGUCGGCGAGAAACUACGAGUCCAGAAAGGGACAUUGACAAGGACAGAAGAGAUUCUCUCGCAAAUCCAGGCGUAUAUGACACCAUUGGGCGCUGUGGAGAGCGAGAGGGAGAACAUCUCGGAAAUGAUGCUCUCGUCAUUCAAAGACGCGGUAGAAGUGUUCAAAGCAUCGCUAAGCCACGACCUCGACAACCGCCAGUUGCAGGACAAGACGCACUGGGAACAAAUUAAACACCACUCCGCCGUCCAGGGCGCGAUCCCACUGCCAACCACGAAUUCCAUUGCUGCGAAGCGCAUGAGGGCCAUUGUGGGUCUUUCCAUCUACUCGAAGGCACUCGAUAAGCACAUAUUUCGGUCUACCUUCUUUCCCCUGGGGCCCGAAUGCGAUAACAUCUUGGACACACUACCCACGGUAAACCCGGACCAGGAUGCGCUUGUUCGUGCCGUUUUACUCAAAGUCGCACCCGAAGAACAAGACAAGCAUCGCGAGCAUUGUGUGGAACGCACGGUCAAUGAAGUGGCGAGCACAUUUGCUGGCUGGCUAUCGACUGAUCAACGGAGCCAGUUCAGAUCGCGGCUCGACAAUCUCACAAGGAAGAUUACUACCGUAUGGCAGCGCGUGCAGAAGCUAAAUGAAAGAGUCAAGCCUCACUUUGUCUUGGACGCGCUCGAUGACUGGCUGCCACUGUCAAAGGUUGCUGCAGGUCUCGUGCCGACGGAUCAUGGCGUCAAGACCGCGCCAUCGCGUCAGGAAAGCGCCAAUGGCCAGACCAAGACGGUGCCGGGGGCACUGACAGCCGAUGAUAUUGUGAGGGUUGUUUGGCCAGCCUUUGUCGUACCGAACGUGGUGGCCACAAAUAACGAGGAAUGCCCCACAGAACUGGUAUAUACCGGGUACGUCCUCACACGCGACGACGUGCAGAGCGCUGCAGAUGAGGAACUGCCGCAGAGGGUGAUGCGGAGAGCCACUCGCAACGGUAGCACGCCAGCGCAGAAGAAGAGGCGAGACUCUGUUAGUUUUUUGUCCCCUGUGGCGUUCAGUGAGUCCAAUGGCAAGUAG